UGUUAUAGGGACCGACUAUGUUAUGAGAAUAUAAUUUUAUUAACUUGUGGGUGAAGUUGGAUUGCCUUCUCAAGUAUUCUCCGACGCUCGUCCGUUCGAUAUCCUCCAUUCGUCGCCGAUAACAAUUACAAUAAAAUCAUGAAGUUGCGACUCAGAUCCGUUGAAACCAAAGAAACCCUAAAAAUAGAAACCCCUAAUCCUUGCAGUCUACAACAACUUCGAGAACUCGUGUCCCAGAAACUUCCCUCUGCUUCAACGUCGUCUACCAUACAUUUUUCUCUAAAUCGAAAAGACCAACUUACAACCGAAUCUUCACAAGAAUCCAUUCAAUCAAUCGGGAUCACAUCCGGUGAUCUCGUCUACUUCACCACAAACCCUAACGGAUUUUCCACAGCACCCGUAUCCCGACAAUCUCAAAAUCCCCAAACCGUAAUUCCUGCUUCCAGUAAGCAAGAUGAAACGUUAAACACCGUUGCUUCUGAAAAAGUCCGACAAUCUCAAAAUCCCCAAACCGUAAUUCCCGCUUCCAGUAAGCAAGAUGAAACGUUAAACACCGUUGCUUCUGAAAAAGUUGAUUCUGGUGAUAAUUCCAACGCAGAAGAGAUAGCGGAAUAUAUGGAAAUAGAAGACGGCGAGAGUAGCGCUAUUAACGAGGUCGGAAAGUCGUUUUCCGUACCUGGUUUUCUCAGGAAAGUUUUUACAGAGGAAUUACGUGAUUCCGAUGGUCUUAAUCGCAAGCUUUUGCGGGUUGCAGUUCAUGCCGUUUUGUUAGAAUCCGGCUUUGUGGAGAUCGAUCCUGUGUCAAAUAUGUUAAAAGAUGGUAAUAACUUCGGUGUCAAAGAUAACUGGUAUCUCGCUUCAGUUCACUACACUCUUCCCGAGAUAAUUGUUCCUGGCGGUAACGUCGAAACGGUCAAGAUCAAGUUUCAAAACCUAGGAAAGUACUGCAAGGUUUAUGGGUCUUUGGUCAAUGGAACGAUGGUGCACUCGGUGCUCAUAGACGAAGACAAACUGGUACCGUUUUUGAACGUCGUAUGGGCAAACUGUGGGGCGGUGGUUGCAACCAUGGCGGAGAACAAUGAGAUCGCUAACGUCGAACCGGAGAAACACGUUUUUGAGUUCUGGAGAAAAAUAAAAGACGGGAUUUCGUUACCACUACUAAUCGACUUAUGUGAGAAAGCGGGUCUCCAAGUUCCACCUUGCUUUAUGCAACUACCGACCGAACUUAAACUCAAGAUUCUUGAAUCGCUUUCUGGCGUGGAGAUAGCAAAAGUGAGCUGUGUUUGCUCGGAACUGAGGUAUCUGGCAUCGAGUGACGAUUUGUGGAAACAGAAGUACAUCGAGCAGUUUGGGAAUGUUGCGGGUUUAAACAGUGGAACGGGUUUUAAAACUAGAUUUGCUAACAGUUGGGAGGCUAAUAAAAGAAGGAAGAUUGCUGGGAGAUCAGCUGCGAGUAUUAUGGGAAGAAGACGACAUCCUUUUGCUCCGUCGGGUAUGGGCUUCCCGAGAAUAAUAGGCGGUGAUUACGAUCUUUUUCCUAAUCUUGGACCUCGUGGGCUCGUUGGUCUGCCACAGGGUCGUGGUACACGACUCAGGAACGUUAUACCGGACUGUAAUCUGGGUGGUUUUGCGGGCUCUAAUGGUCUUUAGUUAACGUUGAACGGUUAUGGGAUGUUUUAUGUUUUAUGUUUAAUAAGUUGUGUAUGGCUGUUUGCUUGAACUAGCAACGUUAUGGAAUGUUUAAUAUGUUUAUACAAGUGGUACUUUCUGUUAAAAGUAGUUUUGAAUAAUCAUAUAGCAACCACAAUUAUAAUA